AUGGACUUGAAGAACUUAGUGUCUAAAAAGAUUAAUGAUUAUGCUGAGAAGCUGUUUUUUCUUAGCAAUGAAGUUUGGAAGAAUCCUGAACUCAACUUCAAGGAAUUCAAGGCUCAUGAAUUACUGACAAACUUCCUUGAGAAGGAAGGUUUCACUGUGGAACGCUCCUACACUGGUAUUGAGACAGCUUUCAGGGCCACCUUUGGCUCUGGGAGACCCAAUGUGUGUGUGAUCUGUGAGUACGAUGCUCUGCCUAAAAUCGGUCAUGCAUGUGGACACAACCUCAUAGCAGAGGCUGGAAUUGCCGCUGGCUUGGGUUUGAAAGCUGUUCUGGAAUCAAGCGAUGCCCCAAAGGGAAUGUUAACGAUCAUGGGCACCCCAGCAGAAGAAGGUGGUGGAGGAAAGAUCAAAUUGAUUAAGAACGGUGCAUUUGAGAAUAUCGACUUUGCAAUGAUGGUACAUCCCUCUCCGAAAGAUGUUGUCAUGUCGGAUUUUGUCUGCUUAUGUCCAUUAGAUAUAACUUACACAGGCAAGGCAGCCCAUGCUGCUGCUUUUCCGUGGGAAGGAGUGAACGCACUGGAUGCAGCUGUGAUGGCGUACACCUCUAUCUCUGCCCUCAGACAGCAAAUGAAGCCAACUUGGAGAGUCCAUGGAAUCAUCACCAACGGAGGAGCCAAACCAAACAUUAUACCAGAGAAAGCUGCUAUGGAGUACUAUAUUCGAGCCCCAUCUAUGUCUGAUUUGGACCUUCUGAAAAGCAAGGUGACAGCAUGUUUCAAGUCAGCAGCCACGGCAACUGGAUGUGAGGUGGAAAUAUGUGAGCCCGCAGAUACUUUUGCCAGUGUUAAACAUAAUGAUACAUUGGCCAAGCUCUAUUAUCGCAAUAUUGUUGAUCUAGGAGUUAAAGAUAUGAUUCUUGAAGAAAACCUAGGUGGCUCUACUGAUAUGGGAAAUGUAUCGUACAUUGUUCCCUCCAUUCAUCCUAUGUUUGCUAUCGGCUCUGGGGAAGUGAACCACACUCGAGAAUUCACUGCCGCGGCCAACACCCCUGAGGCGCACACAGCUACUUUGAUUGCUGCCAAGGCCAUGGCUCACACAUGCAUCGAUGUGCUCACUACUGAUGGAUUGAUGGAGAAAAUAAAGGAUACUUUUAAAGAUUGAUAUACAAUAUAUUUAUGUUCUGAAUACGAUUGCUGCCAGUGUGUUAUGUGAACAAGCUGUUUUUACAUUUCGAUCAUCAGAAGACUGAUAAUUAUAUAAUUAUGAUUCAUUA